CAGCCGGCUCGCGCCGGCUCGCUCCGGUCGGCCCCCGUCCCCAACCCCGUCCAGCCCCUGGCGGCCCCGAGCCCUACACCACGGCCCCGCACUCCCGCGAACAUGGCUGUGCGAGCGGUGCGGAGCUUGCAGGCUGCGCUGUGCAGCCUGCGCGCCGCCUUGGUGCCCGUCACGCCCUGCCCGCUGCGUCCCUGGGGGCUGAGGGCAAACGCCGUCCGGACGCUGCGCACGGGCCCUGCUCUGCUCUCCGUGCGUAAAUUCACAGACAAACAUGAAUGGAUAACAACACAAAAUGGUAUCGGAACAGUGGGAAUCAGCAAUUUUGCACAGGAAGCUUUGGGAGAUGUUGUUUACUGUAGUCUGCCGGAAGUUGGGACAAAAUUGAACAAACAAGAUGAGUUUGGAGCUUUGGAAAGUGUGAAAGCUGCUAGUGAACUCUAUUCUCCUCUAUCAGGAGAAGUAACUGAAAUUAAUGAAGCUCUUGCCGAAAAUCCAGGACUUGUCAACAAAUCUUGUUAUGAAGAUGGUUGGCUGAUCAAGAUGACACUGAGUAAUCCUUCAGAACUAGAUGAACUUAUGAGUGAAGAAGCAUAUGAGAAAUACAUAAAAUCUAUUGAGGACUGAAAAUGGAACUCCUAAAUAAACUAGUAUGAAACAA